UCCAUGUGAACGUGAGGCAUACGACCACAAUAAACUCACGUUUCGAUUUGGAAGUCAUCACUGAAAGAGUUUUUUACGUCUGUCAAGUCCACGUUUGCUGAAAUGAUAAUGCCUGAGAAAAAGGAAUCACAGAAAGACAUUUUCUUCGAAGAUGAAGAUCUUCCAUAUGAAGAAGAUAUCUUGCGGAAUCCAUUUUCAGUGAAGUGCUGGUUGCGAUAUAUUGAACACAAGAAAGGUGCCCCUAAAAAUGCAAUUAACUUGGUAUAUGAGCGAGCAUUAAAGGAACUUCCAGGAAGUUAUAAGCUGUGGUACAACUAUCUAAAGAUCCGUCGACGGCAGUGUAAGGGCCAUUGCAUCACUGAACCAUUGUAUGAGGAUGCCAAUAACGCACACGAACGAGCCUUAGUGUUCAUGAAUAAGAUGCCCCGGAUUUGGCUGGAUUAUUGCCAGUUCCUAGUUGACCAGUGUAAAGUGACCAAAACUCGACGCACAUUUGACAGAGCUUUGAGGGCUCUUCCAAUUACCCAACAUCACCGAGUUUGGCCUGUCUACCUCAAAUUUGUGUGUAAAUACAACCUACAGGAGACCACUGUCCGUGUGUACAGGCGUCACUUAAAGCUUCAGAAAGAGAAUACAGAAGCAUAUAUAGAAUACCUAAAAAGUAUAGAUUGGUUGGAUGAGGCAGCGACACGCUUAGUGAAUAUCAUUAAUGAUGAAACAUUUGUGUCUAAAGAGGGCAAAUCUAAACAUCAGCUGUGGAAUGAGCUAUGUGAGUUGGUUGCAAAGAAUCCUGACAAGGUGACAUCCCUGAAGAUUGAGCCAAUCAUUCGUCAGGGUCUGAAGCGUUACACAGAUCAGAUAGGGGUGUUGUGGAACUCUAUGGCUGAUUACUACAUCAGAGGUGGACACUUUGAGCGGGCAAGAGACAUUUAUGAGGAGGCCAUUCAGACAGUUAUUACAGUCCGUGACUUCACACAAGUGUUUGAUGCUUAUGCUCAGUUUGAAAAAAAUGUUAUUGGUGCAGAAAUGGAAACGAUGGAGGAGAAAGGAGCUUCGGAAGAAGAUGACCUCAAUCUUGAGUUACGUUUAGCCAGGUUGGAAGGUCUGAUGGACAGAAGACCAUUACUUCUAAAUAGUGUCCUUCUUCGACAAAAUCCACACAAUGUCCAUGAAUGGCACAAAAGGGUGAAACUGUACGAGGGCAAACCAAGGGAGAUAAUCAACACUUACACAGAAGCAGUUCAGACAGUCGAUCCAAAGCAGGCCUCUGGGAAGCCUGGCACACUGUGGGUAGAGUUUGCCAAAUUCUAUGAGGCAGCAGGACAAAUAGAGGAUGCACGUGUGAUAUUUGACAAAGCUGUGAAGGUGCCUUACAAACAUGUAGAUGACCUGGCCACAGUCACCUGUGAAUGGGGAGAGAUGGAAAUUCGACAUGAAAACUAUGAAGAAGCCUUGAAAUUGAUGCAAAAAACUACAGUACCUCCACCGCGGAAGGUGGCCUAUCAUGAUGAGAGUGAGACAGUGCAGGACCGGGUACACAAAUCCCUGAAAGUUUGGUCUAUGUAUGCUGACCUUGAAGAAAGCUUUGGUACAUUUAAAACCUGUAAAGCUGUGUAUGAUAGAAUCAUUGACCUACGGAUAGCAACUCCUCAGAUCAUCAUGAACUAUGGCCUGUUUUUGGAGGAAAACAACUACUUUGAGGAAGCAUUCAAGGCCUAUGAGAAAGGUAUUGCUCUGUUCAAGUGGCCCAACGUUUACGACAUCUGGAAUACAUAUUUGUCCAAGUUUAUUGAAAGAUAUGGAGGGUCUAAACUCGAGAGAGCGAGGGACUUAUUUGAGCAGUGCCUAGAAAAUUGUCCACCAAAAUUUGCAAAAGCAAUUUUCCUUCUGUAUGCCAAAUUGGAAGAGGAGCAUGGGUUGGCACGGCAUGCCAUGGCUGUGUAUGAUCGGGCAACUAAAGGAGUGUUGCCUGAAGAACAGGCAGAGAUGUUUAAUGUGUACAUAAAAAGAGCAGCAGAGAUAUACGGUGUGACAUACACAAGACCUAUCUACGAAAAGGCCAUAGAGGUCCUGCCAGAUGAGCAUUCGCGAGAGAUGUGUAUGAGGUUUGCGGAUCUCGAGAGAAAACUUGGCGAGAUCGAUAGAGCAAGGGCGCUAUACUCUCACUGCACUCAGAUGUGUGAUCCUCGGGUAGCACCACACUUCUGGCAGGUUUGGAAAGAGUUUGAGAUUAAACAUGGCAAUGAGGACACAGUGCGGGAAAUGUUGAGAAUUAAACGCAGCAUACAGGCCAUGUACAACACACAGGUCAACUUCAUGUCCUCGCAAAUUAUGGCCGCACAAAGUGGAGGAAAGACAGAUACUCCAGAAACCUCAAAUCCAGAGAUAGAUAGCAUGAAGAAGUUAGAGGAACGUGCUCGGCAGCUGGCAGAGGAGGCAAUGAAGGACCAGGCUAAACCAGACAAGGGCAUCUUGUUUGUCAGGAGUAACACCACAGAUGAAGAGCUAGGGGAGAUGACAAAGACAGCUAAUCCUGAUGCAAUUGACAUCGAUGACUUUUCUAGUGAUGAUGAAGAAAAUAUUGAAGAAUUAGAAGUGCAGAAACAGUCUGUUCCAUCAGAAGUGUUUGGGUCUCUGGCGAAUGAAGACGACUGAUGACCUCUAUCUGAAAAUAACAAUCAAUAUACCAAUAAAAGGGCGUGGACUUUGGAUAGACUCUAAAAAGGAGAUGACAAAAUGCAUUUCACUUAAUAGAUGUUAAAUAAAACAGUGAAUACAGUA